UUAAGACCAACCCUUGUAGAAGUCUUAACCUAGAAGAAGAAAGAAGAUUUAAAGGUUUACUUUUCACGGUAAAACUCCCUCGAUUGAGUCAAAUCCAACUUCUAACAAUGGACUACAGACCUCAAAGUGCCGGACUGAUUGCAGCAACUGUUGUGAUGAACAUGAUUUGGUGGAUGGUGAUGAUUGCAGCCAUUGGACUGGGUGCCACACAUAUGCAUUGCUGUCCGCUGCAGCCCAACAUUCCCAUUUACCUGGUGGUACUGGGAGCGAGCAGCCUCCUAUCUCUGGCUUUCACCUACUGCACCAGCGGCUUCCAAGAUGGAGCCUUUCACGUCCUGAGCUUGGCCUGCAUGACCGUCCUGCACAUCUUCAGCUUCGCCUGGUUGAUAGCAGGUUCCUCGUGGGUUUAUGCAAUUUACCCUCCGAACUACUCCGAUAAAGGUCCAUACUGCCACAAGACAACCUACCAGUUCGCCUUUGUUGUGACGACGCUGCUGUGGGUCGCCAUGGCCCUGGUGUUCGUUUGCGGCUGCUGCAUGGCUCUGCUCACCUGCUGCACCACCGUAUUUGCAGGACGCCACUUGCUGCCAGACCGCAAAAGCUUCUAUGGUGCAACCAGUUUUCAGGAGCCAGCAGCCGGGGAUGUGUGACUUAAAUCAGGGUUUAAGUCAGUGUAAGGUCUUAAAGUGAUUGAGGAGGUUAUUCUUGCACUGCUGGUAGUGUAGAUUUCUGUCUUUUUGAUGACAGUUUCUUGCUUUUUUCUUGACAUUAUUAAAGCUUGUACACUAGAUAGAAAAAUGUUUCAUAGCUGUAGCCAGAAAUUCCACCCUACAUGCCUUAUUCCUGCUUGUUUCUCUAAAAAACAAGUUUUUGCAAUAAAGUUAAUUUGUGUUUUAUAGCUUAAACCCUCAACAUCAACCCAGUAUCUGUUGUUCUCUGCAGGCUGUGGUACAACUCAUCAGAUAUCAAAUCUCCUUCACAUUACAGAUUCACACCUACAAAAACUCAACAUUUUUAAGUCAAAAUAUGAUGAGACACCAGAUAUUUGAAAUGCAAGAUGUUAAAAAAAAUCUGUUAUUCUGCUGAGGCUGACCUGAAUAGAAAUUGGUGACUUUUUUGAACAUGGUUUGUCAUUGUUUUCUUAUUUCUAAUCUGGCCCAAUUUAACCCUGCUACAAACCAUAUGACUGAAAAAUUACUCUGCAGUACUCAGUCAUCAUUGUAAUUAUUAUUAUUUUGGUUGUAUGUGUUUGAAAUCUUUGUAUAUCGUAUCUUUGACAAGAUUCUUUAACGCACCUACAGUUUUGAUCUUAUAAUUUUUUCAGGUGGUGUAAAAAAGUUCUUUAAUACCACUAACAUUGUGUGCAAGUGCACUAGACAUUAAAAAUAUGAGUAUUAGCACGGCUAUAAAUGGGAAGGUUGAAUGCUGAGUGAUUAUUAAUAGCCUUUAUAAGGCUGAAUUUGAUUGAGUUGCCUUACAAUUUUGACAAAACAAGAAGUUCAUAUUUAUGGUUUUCAUGUGAUGUCACACUUCUGGAAACUUUUUAGCUGAAAGCCAUCUUGGUAGGCAGUUGCUAUGACAACAAUAAACAAUCCACAAGCUUAGAAUUAGCUCUCGCCUCAUUCCUAUCUAACUUAUAAAUAACAUAGGUUAGUUACAACUACUCGAUUACAAAUUAUUAGUUCUCUACCACCUCUGUGUAAUACUAAGAUAAAUAUCAGAGAUAUUUACUGUAGUACUUACUGCCAAACUAGAAAAAAUACCUUAGCUAAUGUAGCGUUUCUCUGCCUACCAAGAUGGCGCAGAUCACUUCCAGAUCUAUGUAUUGGGAACUAUGUUUUGGAGUAAUACACAACUUAAUUAAGUAUUUUCCAGGUUUGAAUGACAAUGAAAAUCUGUCCAUCCAUUUUUUAUUUUGAAACAAUAACCUGGAUAGGGAUGUUAAUUGUUUAAAGUUUUUUUUAAGUGAAUAUUUUUAACAAAUAGUGUAAUAUUAAAACUAUUGGAGAAAUAGAUAAUUCACUCUCAGUUUUAAACAACAUUCAUUAUUAUAGUAAUAUUUUAUCUGCAUAGAUUUGAUUUACAUUUGUCAUGGAUCAUAAUAGAUUAAAAUAAAAACCAACCAAGUCCAAUAAAUUAAGGAGUUUGGUCAUAAAGUUUAAUGAGAGCAUUAUU